CCUUCAUUUCCUUUCUCCGACGACCCAAAAAAUGGCCGGCCGAAUUACCCGACUCCCCAAACCCACCGAUGGCGGCGAAAAAACCGCAGCCGUAGACAAUGCAACCGCAGAGGUCUCCGACUACGAGCAAAUCAGGGACCAAAGAAUCAAAGAGAACAAGGAGCGAAUGCAGAAGCUGGGCAUUUUCGACAUUUCCAACCACCUCAAGUCCAAACCCUCCGCCGCUUCCAAACGCCGCCGUGACCCUCCGUCGAAAGACCCUUCCGAUCAGACCAAUCCCAAACCCCCUCUCUCCCCAGCAAGACGCUCUUCCCGGUUGAAGACUCUGGCGCCGGUGAGCUAUGUGGAGCUUAGGCCCAAAGGGAAGAAGGAGAAGUCAUGGAAUUGUGAGAUUAACAUAAGGGAGGGGACAAGGCCGGAGAUUUAUAGUGAUGAAGAUAUGAAGCUGUUGGGGGACUGUAAGGAGACUUGGGAGCUCUCGGUUGAUGGCUAUGGAGAAGACCGGAAGCGGAUUUAUGAUCCGGUUAAGGGCGAAACUUGCCACCAAUGCAGGCAGAAAACUCUUGGUAAGCAUACACAUUGCUGCAAAUGUGACUUGGUUCAAGGGCAGUUUUGCGGAGAUUGCUUAUACAUGAGAUAUGGAGAAAAUGUGAUUGAAGCCAACAAGAAUCCUGAUUGGGUUUGCCCUGUUUGUCGGGGUAUUUGCAACUGCAGUCUUUGCCGUAAAGAAAAAGGUUGGGAGCCCACUGGUAAUCUGUAUAGGAAGGUCAUAAAUCUGGGGUACAAGUCUGUGGCACAUUAUCUUAUUCAAACUCGCCGUUCCCAGCCAAAAUCAGAAACCACAGGUGCAGAUGGAUCAGUCCAUCAUGAUACGAAACAAGAAACAGAAGAGGAACAAUUAGCAGGGGAAGAAGAAAUAGUAGAGGUUCAGCAUGUUGAUACCAAAGAUAUGGGUAACAUAGACGAAACUGGUCCUGGAGCUGCUGAGGAUUCUGUUGAAGGUGAGACAAGGGGAAAGUCGAGAAGGAGGAGCACAAGGUUGAGGAAGAACUAAACAGUUCCGGAUCAUAGAUCGACUGAUAUGAAGCCUGUUACAAAUAUUUAUUAAUUAACUAGCUAGUGAAAGUUUGACAUGAAUCAAAUCGUUCAGCCCCAAACACAUUUUGUGCACAAUUAUUCCUUUCUGUCAGGGGGAACAACGCAGGCAGUGCAGCUAUAGUUUUUGCAGAGUAAAUGUCACCUUGUAUUGUAAUUGUAUUCAUGAAAAUAUGACCAUCAUCGGCAAUCUAUAGUCUUUUGGGUGGCAAAUGAAAAGAAACAGGUAUUUUCUAUAUUUUU